UCGACGUGAAUGUCCAAUCCGCGUUCCGUUCCCGAAUUCGAAGCGUCCCGCCAGAGAAGUCAGGCAUAGGUUGAAUUGACGACUCGUCUUCGGACGAAGUUUGUAUCGUCAGGACAUUAAGUCAAGCCGCUUGAUUGAACAAUGUAACUGAAUAUAGUUGAACCUCAGGUUUACUAAGAUCAGGUGUUGUCCCAACAAGAAAGAGCUAGACCAGAGCGUAGUACAGAAUAGUAUUUGGCUCCUCCACAUCAGGUUAUGUUUUUGAUGCGUGUUCUCAUUUUUUUUUUCUAUUCAAGCAACCAUUGCUAAAAUGAACAUGAAUUGUUUCAGUGUUCUAAUGUAAUUUACUGCUUUACUAAAAAGUUAAUUUUCGCACAAAGUUCAAUACUCAAAUCAAUAACUGGUAUUUUUUUUUAUCAUAUUGGGCUUAGCUAGGAAAAUGGAUUGCUUCCUUUGUUAUUGGAACUGACUUUUCACUUUAUCUAAGGACUUACUUUGUCGCUAGGACGUACCAAUGAUGCACAAAACAAAUAAAAAAUUAACAAACUGUUUGAAUAUUCCGCCAUGUCAGAAUUUAUUUCCCCAAAAAUCUGAUAUUUCCCCAAGCAAUGCAGAUAUUUUUUUCGUCUGCUCUCUUGAUAAUCAGUUUUUUCGACUCGUGUUAUUUUCUAGCGGUUAGAUCUAUUGCCACGAAAUGAUGUCGUGGCGCGAAAGUCGAAACUGAAAGAAUAUUGUCUAUGCCCCUAGGGCGUUCAAUACGGACCCAUUCAUCCGAUUAUUCCGUUUUUGCUCCUCGGAAUUGGAGUUGACGACAUGUUCGUCAUCAUCCAGGCGCUAGAUAAUUUAUAGGAAGAGAAGCAAUUACCGAUUCCGGAACGGAUGGCUCGAGCCAUGAAACACGCCGGAGUGUCAAUCACGGUCACGUCCGUCACUGACAUCGCCGCAUUCGCCAUUGGAGCAACGACCAGCAUGCCGGCCCUGCGAUCCUUUUGCAUCAACGCCAUGUCGGGCAUUUUGAUGCUCUUCGUCCUGGAAGUGACUUUCUUCGUCGCGCUGACUGUGCUGGACGAGCGCCGCAAAGAGCGCUACCGGAUCGGCUGCUGCUUCCAGCCUAAAACGGAAAACUGGCAGCCGGCCCCGUGCUCCCAGCGCGAUUUGCUCAAACUCUUUUUCGAGCGCUUCUACGGCCCGUUUCUGCUGCGGACGCCCGUCAAGGUCUUGGUGAUGAUCAUGACAGCGGCCCUGGUCUCCGUCAACAUUUGGGGCAUCUUCCAGCUGGAGCAAAACUUUGACCCCAAUUGGUACUUGAACGAACACUCUUACCCGUCGGAAUACUUCAACGCCAUGAGGCUCUACUUUCCCGAAAGCGGCGAACGGGCCUCCGUCGACCUGGUUGGGCGUGCUUUAUGUUACUGCCAUGGUCAUGCAGAUAAGAUAACUCUAGGUAUGUACCUUUGGUGGGUCGUCUACGGUUUUUAUCAUGAGCUCAAGGACAAAGAAAAGGAAAAAAGACCUGCUUGUUGGUAAUUCCUCGACUAAUCCUGCCACUUCCGACCCUGUCUAGAUCACUUUAUGACGGGAAAUGUUGUCGAUUUAUCUAUAUUUUUCGAUAAUAGAUAAUAUAAAAGAAACUGCUUUGUUUAAAUGGUCAUGUAUUGAGUCAAAACAGCGGCAGUGAGUGCAAACAUGGAUUUUCAAAAAAGGUAUUAUACAAAAAGGAAGUUUGUUUCAGAGGAAACGCAUGAACGGGAGAGGGCUUAAAAAAAGAUGGGAAUUAAGACGUAAUUUUUUCUUAUCCCCAAAAACAUUUAGAAUAAUCGAUCCAUUCAGAAUUCUUUUCGGUCCACAAGAAGUUUCA